CAUACGCACUACGCGUAUCUUAGCAUCGACCCUCAUUUCUGGUAAAUGUUUCCUCCUCAACAACCCACAUCUACAUCUCCUCCUUUGUUUUCAACUUCGAUUGUGUGUAAAAGUUCCUUUCACCCUCUUCUAUUAUAUGGGUUCCUUCAUUCCUUUCAGGAAAAUAAUUGGUGAUUUUGAGCUGGGAGUUUGGUCCCCCUAGAUUUUGAUCUUGAUGUGUCAGUGAUUUUUGAAGUUUUGUGGUUAGGAUUCUCGGAAAAUUGAGGGAGAUCAAUCAUGUGAUUUGAUUACUUCUCUUCUUUCAAAUUUCUAGAUUUUUUUGAAUUUCAAAGUUAGGAUCUUGUGCUAGGAGAGAUUAAUAGGGUUUUUUGAUUAAGUCUAUGGGGAAAGACAAAAUAUUUUAUUGGACGUGAUUAAGAUUUUUUUUGGGAAGGAAAAUGGGGGUCUACUGAAUAUGGUGUUUGUUUCUCUAGAGAAGAAGAAGAAAGUUUUUCAAUAGCAUAUUUGGUUUGUUUCUUGCUACACUUGCAUUCGGUAAAGAUGGAUGACACUGAGGAUGAUGCUAAGUAUCCGCCAAAUCCCUAUGUUGUGAAUCGUCCGCAGGGUUAUGGUUCUUCUCGCGCAAAGCUUCCAGUUCGUAAUAUGCAGUAUCCUCAAGCAGUUGGUAAUCAGUAUGUCCAUGGUGAAGACAAUGAGGAUGAAAAUGAAGAGGAGAAAUUAGGAGUAGCUGAUUAUCCAAAUAACGGGUAUGUGGACAAUGGUGGUGAUGAUAGCGAUGAUGAUGAUGAUUAUGAUGAUGAUGAUGAUGAUGAUGGGGAUGUUGAAGAUGAGGAUGAAGAUGUAAAAGAUGGGGAUGGGGAUGGGGAUGGGGAUGGUGAAGAUGAGGAUGAAGAUGUAGAUGAUGGGGAUGCUAUGCCAAAAAAUUAUAGUAGAAGGGAUGCAGACAAGCUAGAUGACUUGAAAAGACAUCCAAAAAAGCGGAAGCUAAAGAGUUUGGCUUCAAGUUAUGAAUUUGCUCCAAGGGUACUGGCACCACCGAUUACAGCUCCUGCUGCCCCCAGGACAUCAUUUGGCGGGCGGAAUUCACUGACUGAUUGGAAUGAGCGCGAGACAUUUGCUCUGUUAGAUGCUUGGGGGGAUAGAUUUUUGCAACGCGGGAGGAAGAGUCUCCGAGCUGAAGAGUGGCAAGAAGUUGCAGGGAAGGUAUCUGCUGUUUCUAAUAUUGAAAGGACAGAUACCCAAUGUCGGAAUCGUUUAGAUACCUUGAAGAAAAAAUAUAAGAAGGAGAAGUUGAGGCUGACAGAAAUGGGUGGUGACAGUAAAUGGGUUUAUUUCAAGAAAAUGGAUAUGUUAAUGUCAUCAUCUGCACAGCAAGGUGGCCUAUCUUGCGGCUUGGACUCUGGGGAUUAUGUUUUCAUGAAUCCUAGUGUCUCUGUAAACCAUGCUAAUGCAAUGGAUGAGAUGAGAGAUAGUCCUGAGAACUCAGAAUCAAGAGAUGGUCACGAGGAUGAUUCAGAUGGGCUUCCACCAAAGAAGAGAAGGUUUGGAAAGGACAACGAUACCGGUUCCUCAUUCAGAUUACUUGCAGAUUCUAUACACAAAUUUAGUGAAAUAUAUGAAAAGAUUGAAAACAGCAAAAGAAAUCAGAUGUUGGAGCUCGAAAAAAUGAGGAUGGAUUUCCAUAAGGAGUUAGAAAUGCAGAAGAUGCAGAUUAUGGAGAAAGCACAGGUGGAGAUUGCUAAACUUCAGCUGGGGGACGCCGAAGACAAUGAUGCCUCUCCCGAAAAUCGCAGCGGGUGAUAGAUUGUAGAACUCUUUCAUGUUACGCGUAUCGAUUCAGCAUUUUCGCUGCUAGCUGCUGUUGUAUGAUAUUGGUACAUUUAACCCUCUUCCCCCGGCGCACCACCCCCCCCCCCCCAAACAACUUAUUGUGAAGCAAUAUUGGCCUUGAGGGGGCUGUAAUCCUGAGGAAAUAAUACUAAUUAGAAUUAUUUGGAAGGUUAUUGUGAGUUCUUUUGAUUUGCUUCUUCCUGUUUAUGGACCGUAGGGUUAUCUGUUCUCUUUUGAUGAGUGUAACCUGCAGAAAUCAUUACUUAGAGCA